AUGAAGGCCUCAACUAUCAUCCUUGCUGCUUUUGUCAUCGCUGCUUUCCUCGUUGCUUCCAUCGCUGCUGAGGGUCCAUGGACCUUGGAGCCAGGCGAGUCCAAGUCUGGAAUCAACACCUGGGUCUGGCCAAGAAUGACCACCGUCGGAGUUAAGAACGGAAACACCACCGAGGGUAGACUGAGAAUGCAGGCUGGUCUCUCCCCAGAGGAGGAGGACGAUAUCUCACCAAUGUCCACCGUCACCUACGAGAGAGACUUUGGAGCAUUCCCACUCACCGUCACCAACGUUGGUUUCACCAUCUUGACCAUCUGGACUGCCUAA